UCUCCCCUUUCAUAAGGGUCAGAAGGUAAGGAUCAGAGCUGCGGCGGCUUCUGUCUCCACGCCCACGUCAUUGUGAGCUGGCUGUUUGGCCGUUGGCGCCCCCACGGCUCGGUGACCACAGCGGUGACCACGCGCCCCCACGGCUCGGUGACCACGGCGGUGACCACGGCUCGGAGACAUGGCAGCGGUGACUGCGCUGUGCCGGAAGGCAUGGGACUACGUGAAGACCAAGGAGUUUCGGGAUUAUGUGACCAGCACACACCUUUGGGGUCCCGUAUUCAACUGGGGCCUGCCGCUGGCUGCCUUUAAGGACAUGAAGGCGUCCCCGGAGAUCAUCAGCGGCCGCAUGACCACGGCGCUCAUCUUCUACUCGCUGGCCUUCAUGCGCUUCGCUUACCGCGUGCAGCCCCGCAACCGGCUGCUGAUGGCCUGCCACGGCACCAACGUGGUGGCGCAGAGUGUGCAGGGCAGCCGCCUGCUCAUCCACCGCUACGGCGGCGGCCUGAAGGCGGCUGCUGACACCGACAUGGACACCAACACCGACACCAAAGCCGACACCGACACCGACACCACGGAGUGUGAGAGCGAGUGCGUCUGCGACCCUGGGGAGAGCGGCUUCUUCUAGGUGGCCGCCGGCCCCCACCUGCAGGCCCCGACGUGAGAUUCAUAAAGGCUGAGACGGCCCCAUCGAAUCUUGGCAGCUUGCCAGCUCCGAACUGUUAUUCUUCCGAAAGACGAAUAAAAGUUUGGGUUUGACUCUAA